AAAUUUGAUUUGAAUUUAAAAGAAUAUUGAAAUUACAUUUCAUAGAAAUGAACCAACAUCUUUGUUUUACCUUAUCAAUUCUUUUUAUUAUCAUUAUUGUUUAUUAUGGAUUAUUGCAAGUUGUAGCAGUUGCUCCAAAAGGUCAUCCUAAAGUACUGAAGACUAAAUCAGUGGAGAAAGAUCUUAUAAGAAUGUUAUUAAAUCGAUAUGAACAAUUUGGUAUAAUUGGACGACCAGUAAAUGACAGUAAAAUUAAAGUUGAUGUUCGUUAUGGAUUACAACUUUUCCAAAUUUUGGAUUUAGAUGAGAAUAAACAAAUUCUGCGAACUAACUGUUGGUGUAUGCAUAAAUGGACUGAUUCUCUCCUUCGUUGGAACGAAAGUGAAUAUGGAAAUAUUAAAACAGUUCGUAUAUUUCCAUCACAGAUUUGGACUCCUGACAUUAAAUUGUAUAAUUUUGCUGAUGAACGUUUACGCGAAUAUAGAGACGCUCGUGUUGUGGUCUCAAGUAAUGGAGAAACACUAUGGCUUCCACAAGCAUUAUUUAAAAGUACAUGUGAAGUUGAGAUCACAUAUUUCCCAUUUGACACACAGAUAUGCAUGUUAGAAUUUGGAUCCCUAACGUAUGAUAGAACUCAAAUGGACAUAUUAUGGUGGAUUCCAGAUUCACCUCCCAUAGAAGAAAUGCCAUAUUUAGACUUCUCAGAUUACGUACCAAGUAAUGAAUGGCGUACGGAUGGCGAGAAAGAACGUGAAGUACACCAUGUCAACCGUACUAUACAAAUUCGAUCGGUUAAGAAACAUCGACGUCGAAGUCAAACUGUAGGUAACGAAGUCAUCACAAGAGAAUAUCCAGUUUUACGAUAUUUAAUACGUUUGAGAAGGAACCCGAGUUUUUAUGUAUUCAUGUUAGUGAUUCCAUGUGUAUUGUUAUCAUCCUUAACAUUGGUUGUAUUUUGGUUGCCUCCAGAAUCUCCAGCGAAAAUGAUGCUUGGUAUGAAUAUAUUUGUGGCAUUUUUUGUCUUAUUAUUACUACUUGCUGAGUCUACACCAAGUGCUGUGAAAAAUUUCCCAUUGAUCGGUGUAUUUUUCUGUUUAAAUAUGAUCAUGAUCACUUUAUCAACAUUUUUAGCCACCAUGGUAAUCCAUCUUUAUUUUCGUGGUGAUCGUAAAGGUGCAGUACCAUAUUUUCUACGUCGAAUUAUAAUAGAAGGGAUUGGGAGACUAACAUUAGUAAGACAAAGAAUCCCAUUACCAGAUAUAAAGAAUUCAAAAAGGAAUGUUUUCGCAAAAUAUCACAGAAAGACUCUUAUCUCCCAAAUAUCUCCUGCUAAAACCAAACACGCUUGUCAAAACAGAUGUAAAAACGAACAAAACAGAUAUUUUGGGGGUGGAUUUUUCCCGCAAUGUAAUGAAUCAGUCAAUCAACCCGCUUGUGGAGAUCAAUAUUUGGAAAAUAUCACCACUAACUGGUCUGGUUCAUCUGAAUUUCAAACACUUAAAGAAUAUUCUGGGGAAUCCUGUCCACAUAUGAUGAGAACGUCAAUCAAAGUUAAUCAUCAAAUACCGGAAAUUUUACAGCAAAUUAUGCAUAAUGAUAAUAAUAUGAAUAAUUAUCCAUUCAGAAUGAUAAACUAUGAUGAAUCAGAAAGUUUUAAUUCAACCACUACACUUGAACGUGAUGUUAGAGAACUGAAAAAAUAUGUUAAAAUGGUAGUUAAUCGACAGAAAGAAACAACCCAUAAAAGUUUAAUAGCUAUGGAAUGGCGUACUUUAGCAAUUGUUUUAGAUCGUUUAUUUUUCUUCAUAUAUAUUACUACAAUCCUCAUUGCGGUUGUUGUUUCAGUACCAAAUAACAUCGAACUAGAAAUACCAGAAGAAUUUCAAGAUUCAGAAGAACGAGUAAAAACCUGAUGAGUUCUUUUUUGAGGAAUAUACAUUAUUUGGUAAUUCAUUUCAUCAUUAAAUUGUGAUUUUUUGAAAAGAAUACAGGAAAACACUAUCGUUACGUUUUCUCCCGUUAUUUGACUUAUUAAAUAAUACAUGAUAGUUAAAUUCCUGACAAUCAACCAAUAUGCUACAAUUCAAUGUUGAACUAUUUGGAAGAGAAAGCCCCUUUUUCAAAUGACAUUCGAUCUCAAUAAAGCAAUUCUAUUUAUUCAGUAUAUAUAUUUAAAAUUAUCAUUUUUCCAUCAAUUACAUUAAAUUGACUUACUUUCUUUUUCCCAAUUGAAUUGAAGAAUUCCUACAACGCAGACAUUUUUAUUCCUGAUAAGCACUUUUAUAAUGAUUUAUUUUUCUUUAAAAUGCUAAGAAUUACAUGUGCUUUUAUUAUAAAAAAUAGACAUUUUUAUUCUUAAAACUACUUACAACAAUAUGGAUUUAUCGAUUGUAGGAAUUACGUAAACACCUAAAAUGUAGUUCCGUUUUUUACAAAUGGCGAUUAUCUAAUUGGAGUGUUUCGGGGAUGUUUAGAAUUGACUUGUGUGAGUGAAUAAAGAGGAAUCAAGUGGAUUCCCAUCCUCUAGAGUCCUGAGCUGAAUAAAACUUCGAAAUUUUAGAUCUCGAGACGAUUUCUUCCGACUAACAUUUCACCACCGACUCCAUCUACUAACACCAGUAAGCGGUUCCAACCGAAACAUUAUGUAUAAUUGUUCCUGAACAGAUCUCCUUGUAAGCAAGCUUAUUAUUGCUUCUAUAAAGAUGUUUAUCUAUAGGCUAUUUUUUAUUUCUUCUGCUAUCAAAUAUAUCAACUUAAUGUCUUGUUCUUUUGAACC